AUGCCCAUCAGCAUUGGGCGCGUGCUGCGGAUCGGUCCCUUUGCGUCGCGCGGCGCAGGCACCAAGCACGCGAUCGGGAUGGAGAAUGUGGUUGCGGCGGGCGAGCGUGGGGCUUCCCCCUCCUCGACCGACACGGCCGCCGCUUCCACUACCACCCCCAGUGGGCGGACCACCGGCACGGAGGGCAGCGUCGCGUGCAUGAACCGCUCUUAUCCCGCCGGGUACGGGCAGCGCUACACCGAGGCUGCCCACGUCGACCUCGAGCUCGUCGAGUCUCCGGUGCCGCCGCGCUUCUGGUGGGAGAUGAGCUUCCAGGCGUGCCCGCCGCCGGCCGCUGCUCAGCCGGCGGCGGCCGAGGUGGCCUUCCGCGAAACUUCUGGGAGCCUUCCCAAGGAGGGGAGGCCGGAGGCAGCGAGGGGCGAGGGGAGCACUUGCCCGCUCAACUUCACCUUCCACGUGCCGGAGAACGCCACGUCGGCGCUCUGGUACUCGGUGCGGCAUCGCGAGAGCGGGAGGCUCCUCUCCUUCGACCUGCACACGCACGAGCACCUCGUCACCGCCUUCAUCUUCUCCGGCCGGCCAGAGUCCGUCGGCCUCAACUCUGGCGGCUGGCGGCUGUCGCAGCCGUGGCUGCCGCUCGCCGUCCCGCCGGCGUCGCUGCCGGGGAGCAUCGCGGAGUUUGGUGAGAAGGUGGCGGCGGCCAGCCCGACGGCCUGCACCUACCAGCCCACCGUCGAGGUGGUCUCCGGCGCGAGGUUCGUCCGCCGAGGCUACCCCCGCUGCAAUGGCACGGCGGGCUCGUCCUUUGCCGUCGCCGAGGGCGAGUACACCACCGUCCUCGGCUUCUUCGACACGCGGCCGAGCGCCUCUCUGCCAAAGCGGGUCGAGUACUUCCAGCACCUCAGCCUGAUGGGCCUGUGGACGCUGGACAGCGGCAUGCCGCCUCCCCUCGACGCCCGCCUCGGCGCUGACCAGCCGGUGUGGGACGAGCCGCGGGGGGAGCUCCGCGACUGGGACGUCUUCCGGGGCUUCGUCGCCGGCGGGCUCGGCGUCACCUCCGAGCACGCCCCUGCCGUCACGCUCGCUUGCGCCGCCGCGAUCGCCGCGGGGGCAGCUUUCUUCUACUUGGUUGCCGUUGCCUGCCGUCUGGCGGCGAGUCCCGCGCGCGGGCGGGCCAGGCGGGCCAGGAGGCAGUACGUUGCGGUCGCCGGCGCUGCUCCUGUCGCCCCUCCUGCUGCUCCUGCGGCAGCUGCUGCAACCGCUGUCCUGAUGCUGCCCCUGCCCGCUGCUCCGGUGUGCUCAGCAGCGUACGAGGGCUGACGUCGUUCGGUCUGCUGUUCGGCGGCUCCCGGCGAUGCUACACCGCACCUGUAAGCGCCGCCGCGCCCAGCGCUGCUGCGCUCGCGGAUCGCGGCGACGGUGCAAAGAGGCACCUCUUUCCCGAUGUCUGUGCUCCCCGUACGGGGAGCGGUACCGAGACCGUCUGGGGAGUACAUUGGCCCUGCUUGAUGUGUCGGCUGUCAUAGUCGUUGUUCGUACCAACGUACGUCACUGUGGAGUGUCACAACCCCGAGUGUGGAGAGAGCGACGUGUUUGGAGGAAGUCUGUGGGUCUCUGG